AUGUCUACCGAGGAGGCUGAAAUCAAGGAUGAGCGCCUGGAGACACCUCACGAAGAGGGAGGUGACGAUGAGGAAGAGAUUGAAGCCAUGAAACGACGGGUUGCUGAGAUGGAAUCUGAAGCCGCGAAGUUACGGGAAAUGCAAGCCACACUCGACCAGCAAUCCGAGAGCCUGAAAGAAGACAAGGAGGACAUUGAUGCCCGGAGUAUUUUUGUUGGCAAUGUGGAUUAUGGCGCCUCACCGGAGGAAAUCCAAGCGCACUUUCAGAGCUGUGGCUCCAUUAAUCGCGUUACCAUCCUUCUAGACAAAUUCACAGGCCAACCUAAAGGCUACGCUUACGUGGAAUUUGCGGAGCCCAGUUUGGUGGCGCAGGCUCUUGUUUUGAACGAGAGCGUCUUCCGCGGCAGAAACUUGAAGUUCCCAAGCGCACCAACCUCCCUGGUAUGGGCAGUCGGGGACGCGGUCGUGGUCGCGGCCGCGGAUACGGCCGUGGAGGUUUCCCCCGUGGAGGUUAUCGCGGCGGUUAUCGUGGCCGCGGACGAGGCUAUGCGCCCUACUGAGCACGUCCUACAUACAUCUAUAUCAGACGUGAAGAAUUAUACGUGGAGCUUUCAGGCAGACCUGUCGACAUUGGAAGUUGAACCACAAAAGAAGCGCCCGGCUCGUGGAACUUAUGGCGUCAGGGGAGGACCAAUGUAUUGA